GCGGCGGGCUCAUGGCGCCGGGGGCGCGACCGCUCUUGCUGCUAGUGGUCUGGACGCUGGCGGCUCUCGCCCGACGCGGCCUCGCGGAAGCGGGCGACGGAGGGUGGCAGUGGCGCGGGCCCGGGGCGCCGGCGGCCCUGACGGAGGAGCAGAGCUGCGCGGUGGAACGUCGGGCCGACCUCAGCUACUCCGAAUUCGUGCAGCACUACGCCUUCUCCAGACCCGUCAUCCUGCAGGGCCUCACAGACAACUCGAGGUUCCGGGCUCUGUGCUCCCGAGAAAGGCUCCUGGCCUCAUUUGGGGACAGCAUGGUUCGCCUGAGCACUGCCAAUACCUACUCCUACCGGAAAGUGGACCUGCCCUUCCAGGAGUAUGUGGAUCACCUGCUGCAUCCCCAGGACCCUACCUCCCUGGGCAACGACACCCUGUAUUUCUUUGGGGAUAACAAUUUUAGCGAAUGGGCAUCGCUCUUUCAGCACUACUCCCCACCACCAUUUAGUCUGCUGGGUACCACUACCGCUUACAGCUUUGGAAUCGCAGGAGCUGGUUCUGGGGUGCCCUUCCACUGGCAUGGGCCAGGGUUCUCAGAGGUCAUCUACGGCCGCAAGAGUGACCUUGCUGCUCCCGCCCUCAGCGCUGGUUCCUAUACCCCCCGGAGAAGACACCAGAGUUCCAUCCCAACAAAACCACGCUGGCCUGGCUUCAGGAUAUAUACCCAACUCUGGUACCAUCGGCAAAGCCCCUGGAGUGCACCGUCCAGGCUGGUGAGGUGCUGUAUUUCCCUGACCGAUGGUGGCAUGCUACACUCAACUUGGAUACCAGUGUGUUCAUCUCUACUUUCCUCAACUAGCCAGCUUGGGCGGCUGGUAGUCCGGGAUAUCUCGCUUCUGCAGCACGUGGGGUGACAUUAGGCACCGGGAUGGGAACAGUGCUCCAAUUCCUGCUACCCAGAGGACAGACAGCUUACCUUUCUCUUCUCAUCCACCUGGGAGAAAAGCUCAUCCAUG